AUGAAGGAUGCUGCUACCAACGGAGAUUCGGACGACACAUCGAGCAGCGAGAGCGUGGCGGCAGCACCAGCAGCACCAGCAGCCAUAUUUCCUCUCUCCUGCAUGAGAUCGCUGGCGAUGAUCGUGGAGGCGACGGGGUGCGUGCUCGUGCUGUCGUCGACAUGGAGGAGGAGGAGGGAGUGGCAGGAGCAAAUCCUCCAGGAGUUCCGAACCUUCUCGUCGCAGCAUGACGAGCAGGGCCCGCUCUCCGGCAUCGAGCGCUUCGACCUCAUCACCCCCAUAGCCAGCGGCUCGAGGAGGCAGGACGAGAUCCUGCGCUGGCUGAACCUCGAGGACGAGGAGGAGGUCGUGAACGGAGUCGUGGAGUCGCAGGAGACGGAGAGGAGGCGGAUCAGGGUUCGCUCCUGGGUAGCGCUCGACGAUGAGGACUUGCUGGAUGGAGAGAAGGAGGAGAGGAGAUCUCUUUUGGAGGAGCACGUCGUGCGGGUUGACUGCAGGCAGGGGCUGACGAUCGAGGAUGCGGAGCUGGCCAUCACGAUGCUGAUGAAGCAGAAGGAUGGGGAGAAAAAGAGUAAGCAGAAUUGA